CAGAAAUUGUUUUUAUUUUAAUUUUUAUUUGUUUUAAAUUUUUACCGGGUCUUCCUUUCUUCAUUGGUUUCUCUUUAUCUGAGUCAGAGAGAGAGAGAGAGAGAGAGAGUGUUGGCAAUGUCGAAGUCUCAGGCGGGUAGCGGUGCGGGCGCAGCGAAGACUGCGUGGGUGCUGCCGUACAGAACCGAGAACCUUAGGGAGGUGUACACGCUGGGGCGGAAGCUGGGUCAGGGGCAAUUCGGCACGACGUUCCUGUGCACGCACAACGCCACGGGUCGCACCUUCGCCUGCAAGUCAAUCCCGAAGCGGAAGCUUCUGUGCAAGGAGGACUACGAGGACGUUUGGAGGGAGAUUCAGAUAAUGCACCAUCUCUCGGAACACCCUAACGUGGUGAGGAUCCACGGCACCUACGAGGACACCUCCUCCGUCCACCUCGUCAUGGAGCUCUGCGAGGGAGGCGAGCUCUUCGACAGGAUCGUUCAGAAGGGCCACUACAGUGAGCGUCAGGCCGCCAACCUCAUCAAGACCAUUCUUGAGGUUGUCGAGGCUUGUCACUCCCUUGGAGUCAUGCACAGGGACCUCAAGCCCGAGAACUUUCUCUUCGACACUGUUGAGGAAGAUGCCAAGCUCAAAACCACCGAUUUUGGUCUCUCUGUCUUUUACAAGCCAGGUGAGACCUUCUGUGACGUUGUUGGAAGCCCGUACUAUGUUGCCCCAGAGGUGUUGCGUAAGCAUUAUGGACCUGAAUCAGAUGUUUGGAGUGCUGGUGUUAUUUUGUACAUCUUAUUAAGUGGGGUGCCACCAUUUUGGGCUGAAACUGAACAGGGGAUUUUCCGACAGAUUUUACUAGGAAGACUUGAUUUUCAGUCCGAGCCAUGGCCCAGCAUUUCAGACAGUGCCAAGGAUCUGAUUCGAAAAAUGCUUGAUAGGAAUCCAAAGACAAGGCUCACAGCUCACAAAGUACUCUGUCAUCCAUGGAUUGUUGAUGACAACCUUGCACCAGAUAAACCUCUUGAUUCUGCUGUUUUAUCACGCCUGAAGCAGUUCUCUGCAAUGAAUAAACUUAAAAAGAUGGCUUUACGAGUUAUUGCGGAGAGGCUCUCUGAGGAAGAAAUUGGUGGUCUGAAGGAGUUAUUCAAGAUGAUCGAUGCAGAUAACAGUGGAACUAUAACAUUUGAUGAGCUAAAAGAAGGGUUAAAGCGGGUAGGAUCUGAUCUAAUGGAGUCUGAAAUCAAGGAUCUCAUGGAUGCAGCAGAUAUUGAUAACAGUGGGACACUUGACUAUGGUGAAUUCAUUGCUGCUACGGUUCACUUGAAUAAGUUGGAGAGGGAGGAAAAUCUGGUGUCAGCUUUCUCCUAUUUUGACAAAGAUGGAAGUGGUUACAUAACCAUUGAUGAGAUACAACAGGCUUGUAAGGAUUUCGGUUUGGAGGAUGUCCAUAUUGAUGAAAUUGUCAAGGAAAUUGAUCAAGACAACGAUGGACAGAUAGAUUAUGGGGAAUUCGCUGCCAUGAUGAGAAAGGGCAAUGGAGGAAUCGGCAGGCGAACCAUGAGGAGCACCCUCAACUUCAGAGAUGCUCUGGGAAUUAUAGGACAUGGCUCUCAUGAUUAAAUAAUUGUACCUUAAAUAACUUUUGUCAUGAAAUUUUGAACAAGAAAAACUUUGGUGAGCAUGGACAACUUCAGUAGCCUGACCAAAACUUGCAUUUAUGAAUACACCCAUGGAUAAAAAAAAUUACCUUCACUA